AUGUACAUCACCCUCUACUACAUAGUCACCCGCCUCCCUGACACCCUUCGCCCGGUCAGGGACCACUUUCUCUCUGUUUGCCCCACCACCCUCACCGUUGACCUCCUCGAGGAGCGCCUCCUAGCAGCAGAGAAGAGCAUAGUCGCUGUAGGAGCCUCUCGUGGUGACCCGCGCUCCCCUGUCUUUGAGGGGUGCUCCCCCUCUCCUCUCUUGCCCUCUGUUGCCUCUGCUGCUGCGGCCGACCUCGUUGGUCUUGAGUCGGUCGGUGCGGCGUCUACCCCUAGCGGGAAGCGCCGCCCUGGCAAGGGCAAGGGGGGCCGGGGCGCUGGAGGAGCUAGCGGGGGCGGUGGAGGCAGCGGUGGAGGCGGCGGAGGGGGUGGGGGUGGCGGUGGGGGUGGUGGCGGGGGUGGAGGUGUCGGUGGCGGCAGUGGAGGCGGAGGCGGAGGCGGCGGUGGCGGUGGGAGCGGAGGUGGCGGAGGUGGCGGCGGUGGAGGAGGCGGCGGCGGGGGAGGUGGAGCUGGUCGGGGUGGCACUGCGCAGAGGGUUGGCUCCGGUGGUGGUCAGCGCCAGCAGCAGCAGCAGCAGCAGCAGCAGCAGCAGCAGCAGCAGCAGCAGCAGCAGCAGCAGCGCACUCGGGACAUCCCCCCCCCUCAGCAGCUCCGUGAGUGGUAG